AUGGAAGACACAGACAAAAAUGCUAUAAAAAGGCUCCCUGUCCUAGGAUCUUCACCAGACUCGGCUUCCAUCUCUUGGCUUCUGCUCUUCAGCAAGACAAAGUUACUGAAGUCACCUCUGAUCACCACAUGGACUUUGAAGGUUCACCUCUACAAAACCAUGCCUGCCACCUGUGGUCCAGAGUUUGCCGUCCCAUCUGUUGCCUCCACCCCAAGAGUUGGCUUUGGAUCUGCCAAUGUUGGCUGGAGAGGUCUCGGCUGUGGAUAUGAUGGUCUAGGCUUAGCUCAUGGUUAUGGUCUCGGCUAUGGAUAUGGAGGUCUGGGCUUAGCUCAUGGUUAUGGUCUUGGCUCUGGGUAUGGAGGUCUGGGCUUAGCUCACGGUUAUGGUCUUGGCUAUGGCUACGGUCCUGCCGUGGCUGAAACUUCUGGCAGCCUUGGCACCCUAGCUGGAGUUGCCCCUUCCUGCAUCAACCAGAUCCCACCUGCAGAAGUUGUGGUCCAGCCACCACCCAGCGUUGUGACCAUCCCAGGACCCAUCCUCUCUGCCACUGGCGAACCAGUUUCUGUGGGAGGAAAUACUCCAUGUGCCGUUAGGCUUGGUACUCGGGGUAGCAGGAAGCAGAGUUUCCCUAUGGGCUGGGCUGGGAGGCCUUUAUGUGAGGCCCUCUAUGGAGGCCUGGGGUCUCCGCUUGGAGGCCAAGAAGGGAGGGGUUCACUGAUUGGAAGAAGGAUUCUACCCGGACGUCGUGGCAGCAUUUGCUAUUGA